AUGACGCCGUACCAAAGAGUCAACUUUAUUGGCCAGACAAAAAUGAUGGUCCUCUUCGUCGCUAUGGCACUCGCACUGGGACACGCUGUGCCAGUCUCCAACAUCUCGAACGAAGUUAAAUUUGGUGAAAUCGUGCCAACAAAAGUAGUGGAUGGUCCAACAUUGAAACCAAUAGAGAGUCGACGUUGUGGUGUGGAUGUGAAUUACGGGUCAGACAACAACAAGAAAAAUAGAGAAAAGAGGUCUACAUUACUUACAAAUAAGUGGAAUAAACUUAAUCUGACGUGGAGUGUAACACAACCGAUUCCUGAAGGGCUUGACUACGACGACGUAAGGAAGGAAAUAAACCGAGCACUUAAUGUAUGGGCAAAACACACAAAACUUGUGUUGGCAGAAAAAAUAAACAGUGACGAUGUCGACAUCGUGAUGUCCUUCCAACCGCGAGAACAUCGUCACGGUUAUAAUGAUGACAUCGAUUUUGACGGCAAAGGUCCCGCAGUGGCACACUCCUUUUAUCCAAACCAUCGUCUCACCGGCGAUGUCCACUUUGAUGCGGACGAGGAUUGGACCAUUGAAAACACUAACAGCAGUUCGAAAACUCAUCUGUUCACGGUCGCGGUUCACGAAAUUGGUCACUCCCUCGGAUUGGGUGACACUUUGAUGGAAGACUCAGUCAUGUAUCCAAUUUACAAUCAGUUACCUACAGAUUACGAGCUGCCACUUUAUGAUAGUCAAAGCAUUCAAGAGUUAUAUGAAAUGCUUGUUGAUAUCACAGUGAACCCAAGCAUCGUUAAUUUCUGUGAUAUCCUCAAAGAAACUUAUAUUUUUACCCUUACUCUCCUCGUUGAUAAGCUUUUUUCAGACAACAAUCAAGACAAAAUCAAUAUCUUCUUGAGUCUUGUGGCAGUUCUAUACAUGGUAAAGAUGACGUCGUACCAAAGAGUCAACUUUAUUGUCCAGACAAAAAUGAUGGUCCUCUUACUCGCUAUGGCCCUCGCACUGGGACACGCUGUGCCAGUCUCCAACACCUCGAACGAAGUUUUUACAUGUUUGAUGAAACUCAGUAAUAACGAGUCAGAGACGAUCGAUGGUUACUUCGAAUUCAACAAAACAAUCGAUCACGUGGACGCAGUGUACCAGCGCUCCAACGGUGACAUGGUGUUUUUUAUUGGUAAUGAAUAUUACGUCUUUGAUGGAUCCAAUACAUUAAAGUACUCGAGGCCCCUUACCGAUCUUGGCUUGCCGGUUGAUCUUGAAAAAAUUGACGUUGUCAUGAUCUUAAAGUGCGAUCGAGGCACUUAUUUUUUUAGGGGCAACAGUUACUGGAAGUUCAAUGAGGAUACUAAUGGCGUAGAACGGGAUUAUCCGAGGGACAUAAGAAAUUUAUUUGGGAAUGUCAGUUCGAACAUCGAUGCAGCUUUCAACACAAAUGAUGGUACGACGUACUUUUUCAAGGGAAGGUACUUUUGGCAGUUCGAUGACGCGCGUAGGAAAAUAGUAGACACAAAUCCCAAAUUGUCGGCACAAUACUGGAUGGGCUGCCCCCAAAAUGUGGACGACGCUGUCUACUCACGUGAUUAA